AUGGACGGCCGCACCGGCACCCCCCUCACCCCUUCCUACACCUGCGACCCCUCCGCCGCCGCCACAAACCCUAGCGCAGGGAGCUUUGGCUUCGCCUCCGCCGGUGCUCCACCAAGCACCGGUAUCGCGCACGGCCUUUUCAUGCCGCCACGGAUGACCUCGGUAGCGGGUGGCGUCGUGCCAGUGCCUGCCGUGAAGCCACAUGCUCCCCUCUCGAAGCUCUCAAAUGCCAUGGUUGGCGGUGGCAUGGGCAGCAUGGGUGGCGGUGGCAUUGGCAGCAUGGGAGGCGGUAACAUUGGCGGUACGGGAGGCAUCAGUGGCUUCGGAGCUACCAUGGGCGGCAUGAGUGGCAUGGGUGGCUUCGAAGCUACCCUGGCAUAUGGCAAGCACCGGCUGCUUGCGCGCGCUGCAGUUUAG